GUUCGCGGGGGCGGAGCGGCGAGGCGGCCCUGAAUCACCUUGAGGCUGCGCUCCGCCAGCCGCCGCUCAGAGAGGUGGAGACUCUCCGCGGGAAUUGACCUUUGGAAGCCGGAUAUCAACUCUCAGCCACCAUGUCUACCAGUGACGCUUUCAUCCAGACCCAACAGCUCUAUGCUGCCAUGGCAGACACUUUCUUGGAACACAUGUGCCGACUGGACAUUGAUUCCCCGCCAAUCACCGCAAGAAACACUGGCAUUAUCUGCACUAUCGGUCCGGCUUCUCGGUCAGUAGAAAUGCUGAAAGAAAUGAUUAAAUCUGGAAUGAACGUUGCCCGUCUCAACUUCUCUCACGGAACUCACGAGUAUCAUGCAGGAACAAUCAAGAAUGUAAGAGAAGCUACCGAAAGCUUUGCUUCUGAUCCAAUUUCCUACAGACCCGUCGCCGUUGCCCUGGAUACGAAGGGGCCUGAGAUUCGAACUGGGCUCAUCAAGGGGAGUGGUACAGCAGAAGUGGAGCUCAAGAAAGGCGCAACUCUGAAACUGACUCUCGACAACGCUUUCAUGGAGAAGUGUGAUGAGCAUGUAUUGUGGGUGGACUACAAAAAUAUCAUUAAGGUUGUGGAAAUCGGCAGCAAAAUCUAUGUGGAUGAUGGCCUUAUUUCCCUUAAAGUUAAAGAGAAAGGCGCUGACUUCAUCCUGACCGAAGUGGAGAACGGUGGGACGUUGGGUAGCAAAAAAGGUGUCAACUUACCUGGGGCUGCCGUCGACCUCCCUGCCGUUUCUGAGAAGGACAUCCAGGACCUCAAGUUUGGCGUCGAGCAGGACGUGGACAUGGUCUUCGCUUCCUUUAUCCGCAAAGCGGCUGACGUCCACGCCGUCAGGAAGGUGCUGGGGGAAAAGGGGAAGAACAUCAAGAUCAUCAGCAAAAUCGAGAACCACGAGGGAGUGCGCAGAUUUGAUGAAAUCAUGGAAGCUAGCGAUGGCAUCAUGGUAGCCCGGGGCGAUCUGGGUAUUGAGAUUCCAGCUGAAAAAGUCUUCCUAGCCCAGAAAAUGAUGAUUGGCCGAUGCAACCGUGCCGGCAAGCCUAUUAUCUGUGCUACUCAGAUGUUGGAGAGCAUGAUCAAGAAACCCCGCCCGACACGUGCUGAAGGAAGCGACGUAGCCAAUGCUGUCCUGGACGGAGCCGACUGUAUCAUGCUAUCUGGAGAAACUGCCAAAGGAGAUUAUCCCCUGGAGGCUGUCCAGAUGCAGCACCUGAUAGCUCGGGAGGCCGAGGCCGCAAUCUUUCACCGUCAGCUGUUUGAAGAACUUUACCGUCACACUUCUGGCAGCCGGAACCCUUCGGAAGCCAUGGCUGUCGGCGCAGUGCAGGCCUCUUUUAAGUGCUUAGCUUCUGCUCUGAUAGUUUUGACAGACACUGGCAGAUCUGCUCACCUGGUGUCCAGAUACCGACCACGGGCCCCCAUCAUUGCUGUGACCCGUAAUGCUCAGACCGCCCGCCAGGCCCACCUCUACCGUGGCAUUUUCCCAGUGAUGUGCAAGGAGGCAGCCCUGGAUGCUUGGGCCGAAGACGUCGAUCUCCGUGUGAACCUGGGCAUGAAUGUUGGCAAAGCUCGUGGAUUCUUCAAGUCAGGGGAUCUGGUCAUCGUGCUUACUGGCUGGCGCCCUGGAUCCGGUUACACCAACACCAUGCGUGUAGUGCCUGUCCCGUAAAACGGACCCUGGCCACAAUCGCCCCCUCCUCCCGCCUCACCCCCCCCUUCCUGUCCCUCUCGCAUUAGACCAGCAACUGCUUGCAAUAUUGUUCUUUGUCUGUAGAGCGGAUAGUGACUGCCCUAAAGCCAUCGAGUGCAGUAACCGGGGAGGCGGAAAAGAAAGAGACUUUCAAUUUAGAAAUACUUGAAAUAGUUUGAUAAGUGGAACCUCCUCCCCCUUUUCUCCCUUGCCCUGGGCUAUCCGGCCUUAUUUGUUAGGAGCCAGUAUGAUCCAGCAGCCGGGGAUCGUCCAGUUUCUCUUCUGGAGCCAAUCUCCUCUGCAGGGAAACCAGGAAUCUUGGCUGGCUUAUUUAGUACGGCAUUGUAGGCGAGGCUUGGUGUCAUACUUGUCCUAAAUCCCACCUUUCCCAGCCUCUCCUCCUUUCUGUAAGUCUGUGUUGUCAGCACUCUGCCAAAACACUCCUCACGGGCUCUGCUACACCAUAGUUGGCUUGAUCUUGCAGGGCCCGUCUUUGUCCUCGCUGCGAAACACGCAACAAAUGCUUGUUCCCUUGUAAGCCACGAUGCACCUCACUUGAUCAGAUCGACACACACUCCAGUAGGGGGUUGACACAAGCCCCCUCUCCUGCCCCUGGGAAGUUUUAGAAAGCAAAUCUUUUUCAGUCUCCUGUUCCUCCUUGCCAGUAGACCCGAAGAAUAUCAGAUUAUAUAUAUAGAUGUAGAUAUAUAUAUAUUUCACAGUGGGUUGGUUCAGGAGUAGAUUGUGCUGUUUUUGACAGCCUAGGAAGAUUUUUUGGGGGGGAAACCAAUCUGCUCAGGAAACUGAAUGCAAGCAAGCCAGGCCACCGGAAUUGUUCCCAUCACUGCACUCCACCCAACCAAAGCUACCCAGGGUUGCUUUUGCCGCUGUUGUUGAGCUGUCUUGUGUUCCAGUUUUGAGUCAUGCCUCCUGACAGUGCACUCUGUAACUCUCUCUAUACAUUACCUGCUGUUAAAAAGAGAUGCAUCGGAUUGUCAGAUGCUACUUAAUACAUCAAUAAAGCAGAGUUCAACCCAU